AAAGAAAGAAAAAAAAGGAAGGAAACCAGCGAGCGGCGGCAGCAGCAGUUGAGCACACUAGUGAUGACCGGACGUGAACUUUAAGGUGUAGUCCACAACUUCACUGUUUGUUAAAGUAAGAAAAGAAAGAAAGAAACUAAACUGAGGCAGCAGUCUUUACCCGUCACAACACACAGUCUGUGGCAACAAGGAAGUGAACAGCGAACGGACUUCAGGCUGUUUUCCGCUGGGCAAGCAAAAUGGUGUGCAAAUGUUGACAUGUUAAGUUAAGACGUUUAAGAACAGCUGAAACAACUUUUACAACCAGGAUCCUGAUUCCGACUCUCCUUAUUUUCUACCUCCAAAGAUGUCCGCUGCUCUUUGUCUACCUCAGCCUGUACUGUGUUGAAGCUGUCAUCAGCCUGAUCAGAAGGACCAGAAGACCUUUUGCUUCAUCACCAGAUCUCAGGUGUCACCCAGCCGUUGUGUAACCCAUCUGACUGGGUUUCUCCCGUCCACCAUCAUUAUUGACCCCCUUCUGGGAGGAACCUCCCCUAACAGCCAUGCUGCGCCGUAGUUUGUGAUGUCCGAGCCCUCCAAGGCACCACGAUCAGUAGGAAAACAGGGGCAGAGUCCCCAAAAGGUUCCUCGCUUUGUGAUUGGCUGUGAAGAUGAUGAGCAGAACAUGGGUCAGAUGGAGGCGGGUAUGAAGAGGGAGAUGUUUCGCGAAGAGGACAUGGAGGGUGAUGAAGAUGAGUCGCCAUCAGAGCGACAGAUUGUUGUGGGCAUAUGUUCAAUGACAAAGAAGUCAAAGUCGAAGCCCAUGACUCAGAUUUUGGAGCGACUUUGUAAGUUUGACUACAUCGAUGUAGUUAUCUUUCCCGAGGAGGUGAUCCUGGAGGAACCUGUGGAGAACUGGCCCCUCUGUGACUGCCUCAUCUCCUUCCAUUCCAAAGGUUUUCCUCUUGACAAAGCCGUGGAAUACGCCAAGCUCAGGAAUCCAUUGCUCAUCAAUGAUCUCAACAUGCAAUAUUUCAUUCAGGACAGGAGAGAAGUGUAUCGGAUCCUCCAGGAAGAGGGCAUCGACCUACCUCGUUAUGCUGUGCUCAAUCGAGACCCUGACAAUCCUGAAGAGUGUAACUUGGUGGAGGGGGAGGACCACGUUGAGGUGAAUGGGGAGGUAUUCCCUAAACCUUUUGUGGAGAAACCAGUUUGUGCAGAGGACCACAACGUCUACAUCUAUUACCCAACAUCUGCUGGAGGCGGCAGCCAGAGGCUCUUCAGAAAGAUAGGAAGUCGCAGCAGUGUGUACUCCCCAGAAAGCAGCGUCCGAAAGACUGGAGGCUACAUCUACGAGGAGUUCAUGCCAACUGAUGGCACUGAUGUGAAGGUUUACACGGUGGGCCCAGAUUAUGCCCAUGCUGAGGCCAGAAAGUCUCCUGCACUGGAUGGGAAGGUAGAAAGAGACAGUGAAGGGAAGGAGAUCCGUUACCCAGUCAUGCUGACGGCCAUGGAGAAACUGGUGGCCCGGAAGGUCUGCCUGGCUUUCAAGCAAACGGUGUGUGGGUUCGACCUGCUCAGAGCCAACGGCCAUUCCUAUGUCUGUGACGUGAACGGCUUCAGCUUUGUCAAAAACUCAAUGAAAUAUUACGAUGAUUGUGCCAAAAUCCUGGGGAACAUGGUAAUGAGGGAAUUAGCCCCCCAGUUUCAUAUCCCCUGGUCCAUCCCCAUGGAGGCCGAAGACAUCCCCAUCGUCCCAACAACCUCAGGAACCAUGAUGGAGCUGCGGUGUGUUAUUGCUAUUAUCCGGCAUGGGGAUCGAACUCCAAAGCAAAAAAUGAAAAUGGAGGUCCGACAUCCUCUAUUCUUUGAAUUGUUUGAGAAGUAUGAAGGAUACAAGACAGGAAAGCUAAAGCUAAAAAAGCCAAAACAGCUGCAGGAAGUGUUAGAUAUCGCCCGCCUGCUGCUGGUUGAACUGGGCCAGCACAACGACUGUGAGAUUGAAGAGAAGAAAUCCAAACUGGAGCAACUCAAGACCGUCUUGGAAAUGUAUGGUCAUUUCUCAGGUAUCAACAGGAAAGUCCAGCUGACCUAUCUCCGAAACGGCAAACCUAAAACCUCCAGUGAAGAGGAAGACUGUAAGAAGGAGGGCCCGUCUCUGCUGCUGGUGUUGAAGUGGGGUGGGGAGCUGACGCCUGCAGGUCGGGUUCAGGCUGAGGAGCUGGGCAGGGCCUUCCGCUGCAUGUACCCUGGAGGGCAAGGUGAUUAUGCUGGGUUUCCUGGCUGCGGCCUCCUGCGGCUGCACAGCACAUAUCGCCACGAUCUGAAGAUCUACGCCUCCGACGAAGGCAGGGUGCAGAUGACCGCUGCAGCGUUUGCUAAAGGCCUGCUGGCUUUGGAGGGGGAACUGACACCGAUCCUGGUUCAGAUGGUGAAGAGCGCCAACAUGAACGGACUGCUGGACAGCGACAGCGACUCUCUGACCGAUUGCCAACAGAAGGUGAAGGCCAGGCUACAUGAGAUCAUGCAAAAGGACCAGGAGUUUACACAAGAGGACUAUCAGAAGUUGGCCCCGACAGGCAGUCCAUCACUGGUGAACUCCAUGAAGGUCAUCGAGAAUCCAGUCAAAACCUGUGACAAGGUUUACGCGCUCAUCCAGAACCUCACCUCACAGAUCCGAAAGAGACUGGAGGACCCCAAGUCUGCAGACUUGCAGCUUUACCACAGUGAGACGCUGGAGCUCAUGCUGCAGCGUUGGUCCAAACUGGAGAGAGAUUUCCACAUGAAGAACGGCCGCUACGACAUCAGCAAGAUCCCAGACAUCUACGACUGCAUCAAAUACGACACGCAGCACAAUGCUUCACUCGGCCUGGAGGACACAUUGGAGCUGUUUAGGCUGUCUCGUGCCCUGGCUGACAUCGUCAUCCCUCAGGAAUAUGGCAUCAGUAAAGCGGAGAAACUGGACAUUGCUCAGGCCUACUGUGUUCCUCUGAUGAAGAAAAUCCAACUGGACUUGCAGAGGACUCAUGAGGACGAGGCCGUCAACAAACUGCAUCCCCUGUAUUCCCGGGGAGUUAUGUCUCCUGGUCGUCAUGUCCGCACACGGCUCUACUUCACCAGCGAGAGCCACGUCCACUCUCUGCUCAGCAUGUUCCGUUACGGAGGACUUCUGGAUGAAGAGAAGGACCAGCAGUGGAACCAGGCGAUGGAGUAUCUGAGCGCUGUGACUGAGCUCAAUUACAUGACUCAGAUCGUCAUCAUGCUGUAUGAAGACAACAACAAGGACCCCUCUUCAGAGGAGCGCUUCCAUGUGGAGCUUCACUUCAGUCCAGGAGUCAAAGGGUGUGAAGACGAGGAGAACGUCCCUCUUGGCUUUGGUUUCCGCCCUGCCUCCUCAGAGAAUGAAGACAAAAAGCCCAAUCAGGGCAGCCUGGAAGACCUUUCCCAGGAUCAGACAGACCAGGCUCUUCUUGUCUCGGAGCCAAUCAACAUUCGAAAGUCUCCCAUGAUCCGCAAUCGCAAGGCGGGCUCCAUGGAGGUCCUCUCUGAGACCUCACCCACCCAUUCCGCCAAAGGCUGCACAUCACAUCGACUCUUCCAGUCAUCGACUUCGCGCCAGUCUCCUGAGAUCAAACCAACCAGCGGCCUAGGCUCACUCUGCUCUGGCCUCUUCAGUGCCUCUGCCCUCGGCGUGUCCUGUAGUGCCCCCAACCUGCGAGACUACGUCCGCACACACCACCACCACCACCGAAAACCACCUCUGUCCCCCGGCAGUCUGCCAUGCAAGAUUGGCAUGUUUGAGCUGUUCUCUAUGCCAACAGUAAAGAGAUUUUCUGUGUCGUUUGCCAGGCAUCCGACCAAUGAGCCCUCAGAUGAACUCGCUGAGCUGGCACUGCUGGGGUUUGCCCCCCUGGCUGUGGAUGGGGCCAUGGCCCACCACCUGCAUCACUGUCCCUACCACCUCCACCUCCUCAGGACUCGGCUGAUGUGUGGUCAGGAGCUCACAGAAUUUCUCCACGGAUUUGAAGGCUGCUCCAUGGUGCCCUCUAUCUACCCACUGGAGACGCUGCACAACCUGCUCUCCCUGAAGCAAGUGGACGAGUUUCUUAACUCUGUGUGCGAGAGCAGCAGUGAGGCCCACGCCAAAACCAUGAAGGCCCUCUCAGGUCUGUUUGACUCUCAGAGCCAGACGUCUCUCUACAGCCCACAGCAGCCUCUGUCCUCCUCUGGAUCUGAAGCGUCUCUCCGUCCACCGAGCCAGCCACUGUGGCAUGGCAGCAUCCCCUCAAGUGCUGUAUCCAGUGCAGGUCCCUCAUCCCCGAUGACAGAGAGCUCCGGUCUGAACUUCAGCUUCAGUGAGUAGGUCAUCCAUCUGAAAAACACACGGACCUCUGGGCACCCAAAGCACGGUCUGAGGAUGUUUCCCCUCCCGUCUGACUGCUCACAUUCACAAUCACCUCUGGAGGAGAUGCUGAUUCUGGAGACAGAGACCACCCUGUGUGGAGACUGAAAUGUUGCACACAAACUACACAGCUGAACACAUCAUGUCACUCCAUCGUCCCUGCUGUGUAAAGGGUGAACACACAGGAUCUCAAACAGGUGAAAAUCUCUAAUCUCUGCAAGUUUCAGACAGAAGUCCCAGUGCAUCAAGCCAACAUUCAGGCCAGUUGUGCCUUUUUAAGUUUAGACGUGGGCCCACUAAAUCAACAAGUGCCUCCUAGUGCCUAUUAAAGUUAUAAAAUAUCUCAUUUAGAGCUGAAAUCCCUUGCAGAUUUCUUCCUUUCUUUUUAUAAUGAAGUGAAACAAAUGUGUUUACCUGCAAACUGGAUAUGAAAAGCCUGAAGGACUUUUUUAAAGUUUGACAUUUUGACACAACUUGUUCACCUUGUCACCUUGUUGACAUGAGAUGAUCGAUACCACUUCGGUUUCUGUGCAUUACAUCUGGAGCUCCUGCUGCUUAGCCUAGCAUAAAGGCUGGAAAGUGGGGAACUACUGGCUGGCUCAUCAAGGACAAAAUUAUGCGUUUAUUUACAAUUUCACACCUCACCUGUUAAGUCAUAUUAAAACAGGGUGCAGGGACUGAGGUCAUCACACAUUUUGACAAUGUUGAAGGGCAGUUUUCUUACAGAUUAGCCAGGUUAGCCGAUUUUCCCCGUUUCUAGUUCUUGUGCUGCACAUCUGCUGUAUUUUAGAUUCUAAAGGAAGAGAAAAAAAGUCUAAUUAUUCCUUUAAAUCAAUGUUUAACAUUAUUUUACAAUCAUGGUAAACCCCCUCACUAAAGCAGGUGCAGCCCAAAGAUCUUCUGUAACAUCUGAAAGGUGUCAUUAGGAUUCGAUCAAAUCAGAUCAUGUUAGCUUCAGACCUGUAAAAUUUCUAGUUUACAUGAAACAUCCAAAAUAACGAGACUCAAAUUACAACCUUUCCCUCUAGUACACUCAAGCCAGGUUGAUUAAACAGAUUAUUCCUUUCUAUGUGUCUCCUGUUGAAUUAAAACAGAAAUAUAUCUGUUAAUGUGCCUUUCAGUGAUCUGUAAGAUUCAUUUGGGGGGUUUAAAAAUCCACUUUGAUUUUAAACUGAUUUGUGGUAAAGUAUUAUUUUAGAAUAGAAGGGAGAAACCACUAGACUAAGUAGAUAUAACCACCCUGUGUUGGGUUUUCUCAGUCGAUGCUGCUUCUGUCUGCAGUCUGCUGUCACGCCAAAAUUAUGUUGAUUUUCUUUUUUUUUUAGAUUAAAAUUGGUAUAAAUUAGUUUUCAAUUGAACUGGAGGUCAGUUUAUUUUCAAUUUAUGUAUGUUAUGAGUUUACUUUAGAGAGGAACUUCGAUGCUUUACGUAAUUCUUCUGUCAUUUUAUACAGUAGAAGUAUUGAAAUGUUGGAUCCUCUAAUUAAAGGUGGUUAAAAUUUCAGAUCUAAACAUAGCUUCUCAUAUACUAAUUUCCUUCAGGUUAUUAUUUCUAAACACAAACUAAACAGAUGAUUUCCAUAAAGUUUUCAUAUACACAUACACUUAUGUCACCUAAUAAUCAGAUACUGAGCUCAAUGUUUUCUCAAAUAUUUCUGCUGUUGACGCAAGAAAUGUCCAAUCAACAAGGAAUAAUGUUAAGCUGUGAGUUUACAGUCAUCUUUCAAAGCAAGCGAAGAUGUUUUUCCAUGAAAGAGGGAUGAGGGUUAAAGACGCAGGAGUUAACAGCUUCUUGCUGAUAGUGUUAACUGUGAAGGUAUGAAAAGGUGCAGCAAUGCAAAGCUGUAUAAAACUGCAGAACGUAACACGUCCCCUCUAAAGCAACUAAGGUGCUUCAGUCGUUUUUUUAUUUUACUCUGACCAAAGU